GUUAGUUAAAUAUCUGUGACAAGUUUUAAAGGUUGUUUAGAAUAAUAGGGUGAAAUUAGAUAAAAGAGGAAACAAGAAAAUAUUUAUUUAUGGUAAAGAAAAAAGAGUGGUGUUUGUGUUUGAUGGCAUAGAUUUUAAGAAGGGGAGGUUUUGUCGGAACAAGAUUGAAAGGUGUGUGUGUUUGUUCAGUUUCUUGUUUCUCUCUCUUUCUUCAGAAAAGCACAAAGAAAUAAUCAAUUAUUCAUAGAAAGAAAGAAAGAAAAGAGCAAUACAUAACAAUGGCAGAUCAACUCACAGAUGAUCAGAUCUCUGAAUUCAAGGAAGCUUUUAGCUUGUUUGAUAAAGAUGGAGAUGGUUCCAUCACAACAAAGGAGCUUGGAACAGUGAUGAGGUCAUUAGGCCAGAAUCCAACAGAGGCAGAGCUACAAGACAUGAUAAACGAAGUAGAUGCAGACGGUAAUGGCACCAUCGACUUCCCCGAAUUUCUCAACCUUAUGGCUAGGAAAAUGAAGGACACAGAUUCAGAAGAAGAGCUGAAAGAAGCAUUCAGAGUAUUCGACAAAGAUCAGAAUGGAUUCAUUUCUGCUGCUGAACUUCGCCAUGUAAUGACCAACCUCGGUGAGAAACUUACUGAUGAAGAAGUUGAUGAGAUGAUUCGUGAGGCUGAUGUUGAUGGUGAUGGUCAAAUUAAUUAUGAUGAAUUUGUUAAGGUCAUGAUGGCCAAGUGAAUAAAUACCAAAACCAAACCAUAUAUUACUACACUAUAUAUAACCUUUAAUUAAUACUAUCCUCAUUCAUUUAUAUAUUCAGCAAUAUAUAUCAUUGUAUGAAUAUAUUAGAUUGUGAGGUUGAUGAUAGUGGAUAAUAAUAUAUAAGAAUUAUUUGACCUGCUUCAAUGCAACAAGUACUCUUAUCUUAUGAUAUUAGUUCUGUUUUAAUUAUUAAAUAGUUUGUUACAUUUGACAA